AAAGACGAAUAUUUUAAAAGUUAGAUGUGGAAAUUAGAGGGAGAUGUCAUUGGUAAGGAACAGAAAUCAUUCUUCAUGACUGAGGCAUGUCAAUGUAAAGGAACUUUAUCCUAGAUCUGCAAUGAGCCUAUACUCUCCCUGAAGCUGGAUUCUGGGAUUUAAUAAUUUGGCAACCGCGAGUCUAUAUGCAGGAAAUGGGUCCGUCACGUUAUCCCUCCGGCAGGAAACAAGUAAAAAAGCGAGUACUACACCUGCUGCAGUUUGGGCCGGCGUUUCUCGGGCUCGCCGCGUAUAUCGGUGGAGAAGCUCCUGCUCCGCAUCCGUCGCGGCUCUGAAGGUUCAGAGACAUGGGCUUGCUGUCGGACCCCAAUCGCAGGAGAGCGCUGACCAACCUCCUGACCCGCCUCAACACUCCGCUAUGCUUGGUGUGCUAUGUGGCAGGCGUGGCCUGGUUCAUGGGCCUGGCGUUCGAACCCUUCACCCUGCGGACCUACAUGUCGGAGAACGCCAUGGGCUCCACCAUGGUGGAGGAGAAAUUCGGGGCAGGGGAGAGGGCGCUGGCCGCCGGCAGGGAGUUUUCCGCUCACAAGAAAAAGGCCGGAGGGAUGCCGGUAGACUGGCUGGUGAAGGCCAUGCAGUCCAGGGGUCUGGAGGUGUUCACUCAGAGCUUCUCUCGCACCCUGCCCUUUCCUGACGAGAACAAGGAGAGAUACAUGGUACGGGGCACUAACGUGUAUGGGAUCCUGCGGGCCCCCCGUGCCCCCCGCACCGAGGCCCUGGUGCUCAGCGCCCCCUGCAGCCCGGGCUCCAGCAACAACCAGGCCGUGGGGCUGCUGCUGGGACUGGCACAGUACUUCAGGGGUCAGAUUUACUGGGCCAAGGACAUUAUCUUCCUGGUGAACGAGCAUGAUCUGAUAGGCAUGCAGGCGUGGCUGGAGGGUUAUCACCACACCAACACCACCGGAAUGAGCUGGACUCCGCUGCAGGGCAGGGCUGGGUCCAUCCAGGCGGCUCUGUCUCUGGAGCUCAGCACUGACGUCAUCACCAGCCUGGACCUGGUUCUGGAGGGGCUGAACGGCCAGCUGCCCAACCUGGACCUGGCCAAUCUCUUCUAUGCCUUCUGCCAGAAGAUCGGCGUGCUCUGCACCAUCCAGGGCAAGCUCCAGCGGAAUGACUGGGACACUGCAUCGGGGUAUAACCAUGCGGUGCAGACCAUGCUGCUGAUGGUGCUGAAGCAGGCGAGCGGCCGGCCCUGGGGCGACCACGGCCUCUUCCUGCGCUACCACAUCGAGGCUGCCUCCAUGCGCGGCAUCAACAGCUUCCGCCAGUACAAGACCGACGCCACCACUGUGGGGAGGCUGCUGGAGGGAAUGUUCCGGAAGCUGAAUAACCUGCUGGAGCGGCUGCAUCAGUCCUACUUCUUCUACCUGCUGCCCUCGCUCUCCCGCUUCGUCUCCAUCGGUUACUACAUGCCCGCCUUCAGCCUGCUGGCCCUCAUCCUGCUGCUCCGAUCCUUGACUUCAGCACAUGCACUGGACCUGUGGGUUCAGCUGGGGACUCCGGCUGCAGGAACUGAGGACGGACUGGCGGAGGUGGAGCAGGUGUCCAGUCCAGGUGUUCUGUCAGUGCUGACCCCGGUGGUGAUCAGUCACCUGACGGGCGUGGCUCUGUACACGCUGCCCAUCCUGUCCCAGGACAUGGCUGUGGAGCACUUCCCCGUCUCCGAGACCGAGGCUGUGGUGCUGACCGCCAUCGCCAUCUACACUGCCGGCCUGGCCCUGCCGCACAACACACACAGGGUGCUGUCGGGUGAGGGUACGGAACAGGGCUGGCGUGUGCUGAAGCUGGUGGCAGUGCUGUACCUGGCCGUUCUGCUGGGCUGCACCGCCCUCAUCAACUUCUCUCUGGGCUUCAUCCUGGCGCUCACCCUGGUGCCUGUCGCUGCCUUCGUCACCCCGCAUGUGCCCAGGGUCCUGUGCGCCGUCAUCAUGGUGCUGCUCAGCCCGGGCUGCACGCUGCUCCUCUGUGUCUUUGUGUACCAGGAGCUGCAGGAGGCGCCGGUGUCUCUGCUGGAGGGCUGGAACCUCUUCCUGUCCGCCAUCUCCCAGGGCAUCCUGGACCACAGCCUGUACGGCUCCCUGCUCUACCCCCUCCUGUCCCUGCUCAUCUACCCCUGCUGGCUGCUGCUCUGGAACAUCCUCUUCUGGAAGUAGAGCCCGGGAGGGAGGGGUCGUGGGCGGGGCCAGGACUCACGAUUGGGUGGAAAAGGGGGAGGUGCCAAGAUCCAGGAUUGGGUGGUUGGGGAGUGUGUGGGAGGGACCUAGGAGCAGGAGUGGAUGAUGGGAGAGGAGGAUUGGGUGUUUGGGGAAGGUAGGGGAGGAGUGUAUACUGUUGAUUGGGUGGUUGUGGUGAGAUGGAGGAGUGGCCCAGGGGAAAGGGAGGAUGUACUGGCUGCGGUCAGUGGAAGACCAGUGUGAGUGAGGUCAGAGUUCAUGUGCUCGGGGAUGGAUUCAGACUGGGUUUGGAAGAUGGA